AUGCUACGAGAAACGACGGUCGAAGUGCCGGUAUAUGUGUUGAUGGGAACGUGCGGUUCGGGUAAAACCACGUACGCCGAGGCACUGGUCAAAGAGUUUGGCUGUCAUUACAUAGAAGGCGAUCGCUUUCACCCGACGGCUAACAUUCGUAAAAUGUCGGCCGGAAUACCGCUGACCGACGGCGACCGGUGGGGAUGGCUCGCAGUUAUACGCGACACUUACGUGCAAAAGGCAUCAGAUUUAGUGGCACAGGGGCUGAGCGGCACCCGUGGCAUCAUAAUAGUCACCUGUUCUGCGCUGCGGUUAGUUUACAGGGAUUUACUCCGAGAUGUGCCCAACGGGUCGUGUCGUGUGGUGUUUGUCUACUUGAAGGGCUCCUACGAGUUGCUCGACUCCCGACUGAAGGCCCGAAGCGGUCACUUUAUGGCAUCAAAUAUGUUGAUAAGUCAGUGGACAACACUGGAAGAGCCCGAUUCCCGACGGGAAGACGUUAUUAUUAGCGCCGAUACCGACACUAUUGUUGCGCGUGAUCUAUGUCAACAACUAGACCCUAACGCCCUGGUGUUGUCCAUCAACUCGCAAGAAGAGCAAGACUUUGUCGAAACACUUGUAAUCAAACAAAUACCCUAUGGAUUGGCUGAUAGCGUAUGGCUGGGCCUCGAGUACGGGUACUCAGACGGCUGGAGCGGUCGACGGGAUGUACGGGACCUGAAGUGGCGCUGGGAAGACGGGAGGGAAAGUAACUUUAGUCGAUACGCCCGGGGCUGGGCUACUGCUUGGGCUGAUGACGAUGGUAAGGGCAGACCCUGGGGUGACUGUACCCCGAUAACACUAACGUUUGAGCGCAAAAAUCGGGAACUAUUUGUUAUCUAUGGCGACGGGCCAUACCUUUUAGGUACGACACAUCACCUGAACAUUGCGUUAACUCUAUGGACACUGACUAACCUAAUGAUUGAUUAG